CUCUUACUGCGGGAGAGAGCGGAUUGGCCCUGCAGGUUGGAGCCUCUUAGAUCGCUUGUCAGCGACCUCAUAGACGACAGAGAUGCGGGCGUCCAUCGUGAUCUCGCUGAUUGGCCUCGUGGGCGCAGCUCUCGGCAUUGGGACCCUGACCGACGACGACCUGCGCAGACUACCGUCUCCCGGCGACGAUUUCGAUAUUCAUAAUGGGAAGCUCCUAGCUCCGAUCCUCAUACCGCGAGUGCCCGGCACUGAAGGACAGAGAAAGACACAGCAACACUUUGUCGACUUCUUCACGGCCAGCCUACCAGAUUGGGAACUCCUCUGGCAGAACUCAACCUCCAAGACGCCGGCGACUGGAAACAAUGAUAUACCCUUCUCAAACAUCAUUCUGCGCCGCGAUCCGCCAGGGUUCCGCGAGGGAGAAGUCGGCAGGCUGACGCUGGUGGCGCAUUAUGAUAGCAAGAUGGACCCCAAGGAUUUCAUUGGGGCCACGGACAGCGCGGCGCCGUGUGCGAUGCUGAUGCACAUUGCGAGGAGCAUCGAUGGGGCGCUCAAGUCCAAGUGGGAUGCCAAGGUUGCGGGCGACGGCUUUGACGAUGACUUGGAACCUGGUGUUGGGGUGCAGAUCCUCUUGCUGGAUGGAGAGGAGGCUUUCGUGCGCUGGACGCAGACGGACUCGCUGUACGGCGCAAGAUCAUUGGCUGAGACGUGGGAGUCUGAGUUUCAUCCUUCCAUGUCAACUUUCAGGACGCCUCUGCAUUCCAUCAGCCUCUUUGUUCUCUUGGAUCUUCUCGGGUCGCCUAACCCCCGUGUGCCAUCCUACUUUCUAACCACCCACUGGGCGUACCGGAACAUGGCGGCACUGGAGAAGCGCAUGCGGGACCUGGGACUGCUCGAAUCCAAUCCUGAUGGCCCGUUCCUACCAGACGCAGAGAAGCGUGCCGAUAGGUUUGGCUAUGGAGGCAUCGAGGAUGACCACAUUCCCUUCCUCAGACGAGGUGUCGACAUUCUCCACUUGAUUCCCAGUCCAUUUCCUGAAGUGUGGCACACAAUGGCGGAUGAUGGUGAGCAUCUUGACAUGCCGACUGUGAUGGAUUGGACAAAGCUCGUCCUGGCAUUCACGGCAGAGUGGAUGGACUUAUCCGGACACUUCCCGAAGGCCGCCUCCAAGGAGAAGAGAAGUGAAACGACGAUUGAGACCAGCAAAAAAACAGAAUUAUGACUACGUUAGGGGGAAGGUUUAUGAUCAGUAGAUAUGGUUGCUUGUUGAUUGACCCCGGCCGUUGUAGACCACAGCCAGAGGAUACGACUUGUUGCGUCCAAACUUGUAGCUAUCACGAAGCUGGCAUUGUAUUUAGCACUGCCGUGUAUAUAUCGAUAAAAUUCACAGAAAGUAGCAUUCAUAGUGAUUUAUCAAUGGACAAUGCCUUAGUUGCUUAG